AUGGCGAAGCAUAUUUGGAGUAUUCUUACCACCCGGCAUUCUAUUUGGGUGAGGUGCAUUCACGAUUACAAGCUUAGAGGUCGAAAUUUCUGGGAAGUGCCGUGCAGAGGAAAUAUGAGUUGGGGGUGGCGUAAGAUUUUGUCCAUCCGUAACAUCAUUCGUCCUCACAUAUGGUCGUGUAUUAAAAGCGGUGCUCAAACUAAUGUAUGGAGCGACAUGUGGUGUUCGCUUAGCCCCCUUAGCUCGUUUAUUACUCCUAGAACCAUAGCGAAUGCUGGAUUUUCGUUACGGUCAACGGUUGCGGAUAUGGUUGAUCAGGACGGUAAUUGGCGAUGGCCUCAAGCAUGGCUUGAUCUUUUUCCAGUGUUAAUCACAAUAGCGGUUCCUCUUAUCGUUCCUAAUGGUGUGGACAGGCUGGUUUGGAAAGAUUUGGAGGAUAAGACAGGUGACUUUCAAUCGGCUCUGGUUUGGAAUACAAUUCGGAAUCAGGAAGAGCAGGUGUUCUGGGCUGAUAUGGUUUGGUACUCUCAAUGUAUACCGCGGCAUUCCUUUCACCUAUGGCUGGCAUUUAGAAACAAACUUAAAACGCAGGAUAGAUUGACUGUGUGGGAAGUAGGUAGUCAUACCAACUGGAAUUUGAUGUGUUGUCCGCUAUGUAAUUUUGAUCGAGAUAGUCGGGAUCAUUUAUUUUUCCGAUGUGCUUUUGCGGCUCAAACCUGGAAUGAAGUCAAGAAAUUGGUUAGUUUGGGUAAUGUUGAUGAUACAUGGCCUUCGGUUGUUUCUUGGGUGGAGCAGCAUGCUAAUUCCAAGAAUGCGGAUCAUAUUGUGUGCAAGUUAUUGAUUGCUGCUUCUUCUUAUUAUAUUUGGCAAGAAAGGAAUAACAGGCUUUUCAAGAAUAAUAAGAGAUCGGUUGGUCAAGUGGCCGAGGUGAUUAAAUACUCGGUCCGCUUGAGGCUCAUGGGAUUCAGAUUUCGGGUCGCAUCGGCUAAGCAAAGGAUUUUCAAGAGGUGGAAGAUUGAAGAUAAUGGAGCGGAUCCGGGCUAG